CGAUGGCAACAGAUAAUACCGCACUAUGCCUUCCGACUCAACGUUGGACUUUUGGCACGGAUUACUAUUGUAUAAUACUAUUGGACUCCGUCUUCCUCAUUACGUCUUUGGUGUAGUCACUUGCAGAGGAACACCUGUCAAUCAAGUGAACUCAGUUUGUGGUCGUUGUCCUCACGAGGCAGUUAACAAUUUAUCACUAAUUGUUUACACAAUUUAUACAUUUAUUUGCACUUCGGUGAACUCUCAAUUUAAUUACUGUUAUUACUAAUGAUAUUAUUAUUAUUAUUAUUAUACACUUCGUUAUUCUUGUUAAACUUUUUAUAUACAUUAAAGUCUCUUUACUACAAGAGAAACAUUUUGUUCUUGAAUAUGUAUACACGUAUGAUUUUUUUUAAAAAAAAUAAUAUUUGUUUACCCUUUUCGUUGUGUAAUUUUCUCCUACCUUCAAAGCAUUUAAAGUUUUACGUCGGGCAUACUCCCACCGACGCAUGCCCUAGGAGGGGGAGUUAUAUGGUGACAUAUAUUCAGUGAUUUUUUGUAACAACAAAAAUAAAAACCACAUUUUUUCUCUAAUUUGUCACACUUUAUUUGUAACCACAUUUUUAUCCAAUAUCUGCUGUUUUGCUGUAUCACUUGUUAAAAAGACGAUGAUAAUUGUUUCGAUGAAGGAUAUACACUUCUACUACCGGGUUGUUUAAAAUAUAGAACAAUACCUACGCCGUUUGUUCUUCUGUUUUAUUGGCCACCGUUUUGAUUGAAGACUAUAAUAGUAUUAUAACAUCAUUAUAGGCCUUCCGACUCAACGUUGGACUUUUGGCACGGAUUACUAUUGUAUAAUACUAUUGGACUCCGUCUUCCUCAUUACGUCUUUGGUGUAGUCACUUGCAGAGGAACACCUGUCAAUCAAGUGAACUCAGUUUGUGGUCGUUGUCCUCACGAGGCAGUUAACAAGUAACAUUCAUUCUAUAGUAACUGUUAGCGUCUGUUUUGUUUAAUAUACCUUUUGUAUUGCUAACGGUAUUUUAUUACCUUUGUUUUUACUAACGGACAGACAUCUAGGUUUCUUAAUCAUAAAUUUGUCUUGGUAUAUCAGUGUUAACCUAGUGUAUCAAUAUAUUUUGUGUAAGCUCCUUUUGUUUGGGGACCACCACAUAUCUCCCAAUUUUGGGGAAGCCGCCAUAGAAAUUGUUGGGGUUUUGGUGCCAUUUCCCCAAAGUUUCCCCAGAACCUGAUUACAUUUAAGUGGAAACCGUCUAUGUUUAUUGAUGAAACCUUAAAAUGUCUCGUAAUUCUGGGGAAUUUUCCGAAAUUUCGCAUUUCUCCACAAUGUUUCUCCGAAACUUUGUGGAUUUCUCUGAUAUCCACCCAGAAUCUUAUUACACUUUUGGGAAAUGCUUAUGCAUUUUAUGAUAAGACCCCAAAAUCUCCGGCAAUUUUGGGGAAAUUCUCAAGAUGUAACGUUGUAACGCAAUACUUCUACACAAUUUUCGGUGGAUAUCACGGAAAAGCCUGGAGAUCUAAUAAUCAAUGCACAAAAGCUUUUGCUCAUGCAUUCCAUCUUUUCAUGUCAAUCUCUCACAGUAAACGCAUUGCCAACGCAUCUAAACUAAAAUUGGUAACGAGAACCAAUCUAUCACCGUAAUUAAAAGGAUGAUUCGUCACACAUUUUAAAGUUCAUUAAAGUUGAAUAAAGUACAAAUCAUCCAGUAAUAGAUAACGCGUUUCAAUUCCUUAUAACUGAUCGUGUUUUUCUGAGGAAUACGUUAGGUAGACGUUAAAUUUUCCAUUCACAAUGUUCUACAAAAAGAAAAGAAGUAAGUCUUUGGUAAAUAAACAACUGUUGUGGCAAUCAUCCAACCUACGGGUUCCGAAUGUCAUGUAAAAGGUUGAUGGCGUACCAACAGCAUAACAAUAUUGUAUUCUGAAUAAAAAACUUACAGUUUUGUCUGUUAACCCUUGCGAAGCCAGCUGAAAAUAAUAUGGACACUGAAUAAUUAUUUCAGUAUAAAUGUUUAUCAGAAACUAAUACACAAACAGAAACCGGUAUUUAAUCGCGGAUCUAAAGUGCAUUUAUCUCAGUAACGUCUCGAAACAUGUUUGGUCCCGCUUAUUUGGUAACUCGGUCAUGAACAGUUUGGAAACGUGGAUAUAAGUUUCAUACAACCUAUGAAGAGAUUAAGAGAUCGUAGUAAACGUAAAUUCAGUCGGGAUUCUAAAAUAUUUCAGAAAUAUUUAGAGGUUUAACCUUCCGGAGUUCCAGCAUUUUUCUUUAAACGGUUUAGAUUCACACUCUUUUAAAACAACAGGUAAAGCCGUAUUGUAUAUGCUCAGCUGAUUCAUUGAUAGUGUGUUCAGCACAAAAGAAAGAAGCUUUGGUAUUUUUUGAUGAGGUUAUAUAAAUAAGAGUAUUCAUUAACACAGUUGUUAUCAAAAAGUAACAUGUAAAGUGAAGGCAAAUAUUCAUUUAGAUAUUAGUUUUAAUUUCUUAUUUUAAAUAUGUCUUGUCAGUUCUAAACCAACCAUAUGGUUCCUUCUUUAUGACUUAGCAUAUCUGUAAACUCCAGGUACUAGUUCAGUUUAUACCGUAAGUUCAUAAUUAAUAGCUUAAAUGAAUCAAAAUUUAGGCUGGGAUCUUUAUGAACUAUCAUAAGUCAGUUUUACACCGUCACAAUGCAAUGUAUGUCUCCAGAAACUCAAACGUUCUUCACUUAAAAAUUCCUCACUCCAUUGUAACACAAAACAAUGAGAAGUCAUUAUUAGGCUGCCGUUUACUGAUUAUCCUUUCCGGCAUUUAAAGAUAUUACAAUUUCUUUUAUUUAUCGCACAAAGUCUUAGCUCUAAAAAUAUGAUACACAUCUGUAAAAUCAAACCAGUCCUUUGAUGGAUACUUUGGUGACCACGAUAUAAAUCUUAAAACAAGUUCUCAGUUCGUUUAAUUUGAUAUUAAGGAACUAGCAAAGUGGAAUAACAGUAUAGAAUUUGUUCCUAAAAUAAUGUAAACUUAGAAACAACUCAUAUUUGAGCGAAGAAAAUAGGUAGUUUUACUGCCCUGGUACGGUCGAGAGUAAGGAGUGUCGGCUCUCUCUCUCUCUAAACGCUCUCACGUGUCCAUGUACAUCCAACCACUGCCAGGGAAGUCCUACUCACUGCCCUCUCGCGGUAAAGCUGUAGUUUACGAAAUUGGGAGGACGAAAAGCGAAGUUCUAGUGCUUCAACCGGGUUAGUGGACACGGAGAGUCCAUCUAGGGGAGUUGGAAAACCGUGAUUCCAAACUGAUGGUGCACAUGGGCUCCAGGAUCCUGAAGAAACAAAUGGCGUAUGAGCCAGCCAAGGGACUGCAUCUCCUGACGUUGCUCCACUGCCAGGUGGAUUUUACCUUUGGACCAAAGGCUGUGGAUGUGACUCCCUAAGAAAGCCACCUACUUCUGUUUGGUCACCGGGGUAGUAUCCUGGCCCUCACACAAGUCGAAUGAUUUAUGUGGCGCAUAUCUAUCCGUUGCCUCCUUGUGCCUAUGUUUAUGUGUUUGAAUGAAAUAAUAAAAUACAAACAAAAAUAUGUAUCAUAAUAACGAUUUGUGAACUUGAAAUAAGAUAACAAAACAUUAAUAAUCCCAAUAAGUCUGGAGCUUCGACAAGACAAAAAAAAACUCAAAUUUUGAUGUACGUAGUACGGAAUUGUUUUGUACGGUCGUGGUAGAUUUGAAUGCAACAUAAAACCUUUGAUUUUGCAGUAGAUGUAUUGGUUAUUCACCUCAAGAUGGCUAGUUUUUUGUUUAAUUAUUUGAUUUAUUCAAUUCACAAUGAAAUUCUUAAUUUUAAACGCUAUUUACUAGUUAUAUGCAGGUAAGUUGCAAAUAAAAGCUGUUAAAUUUAUCGUAAUAAUUGCAUCAACUUAAAAAGACUCCGAAAAUUUACUGAGAAAAUAUCUUUAAAGAAGGUUAUAAUUGUGAAUUUAUAUCGCUCAUACAGUUACUGGGAUUUUAUUUUUGUUUUGUUUUUGUCAGACAAAGCCAUUCCUUUCAGAACGUAAAAUGUAAAAAUGUUUGAAUGGCAUAUUAUUAGUCAUGUAUUAUGUCAGCACUUUAUUUAAAAAUAAUUUUAACAAAUAUUUCUUUUUUGAGAUACAUUUUAAAGGUCCACUUUCAUUUUCCAAUCAAAAUUCUGGCUGACCAAACAUCGGAAUCCAGUUAUCAUCUUUCUCAAAAGUUUUUAGAUUCAUUAUUUACACAUACAGUUAGUUAAGCAACAUAGUGUACUGAUAACUACACAUAUGAAAUGACGAAAUAUGAUGAUGAUGAAUUUUUAAAAGGGAGUUUUUACAUGCUCUUCCAAAAUGAUUUGAAGACAAGUGAAGAGGAAAAACACAAAAUGUUCCAUCUACUUAGACAGACACCAAUCGAUGUAUUAUCUAUGGAAUGGCUGAUAUCAGAACCACAUACUAUCGAAGCAAGAGCUUAUCUAAUUGAUAACAUUUUGCCUCAAGUUGUUUUGGGUUUGGAAUUUAUCUUAAAAGAAGCAACUCGAAGAAAUCUGAUCACACGCGACCUGCUGGAUGAAACAAGUUAUCGAGCAGGAUUAGACAGAAACUUCAAUCCUGUUAACCGAUUAGCUGAAUACUUAAUGCGUAAUAACCAUAAGCAUAAUCAUUUUAGCGAAUCUUUACCUUAUGUCAGAGGGUUAAGAUAUACACUGACCAUGUUGCAACAAGAAAUGUUUAUACAGUCAGGAAACCAGCUGGCUAAAGUAAAGCUAAGUGCUGAUGCCAGACGAACAGAGGAGAAACAAAAAGAAUUGAAAGUCAAGAAAGAGUAUGACGGACAAAUCGCUAUAAUUUCCUCGAUCUGUGACAGUUUGAUACCACCUAAAGAAAAUUCAACAAAUGCAAAUAUGAUAGAAGAUGUGGUACUUACAUUCAUGGAACUAACUAGUAUACUACCGGAAGAAAUGAAACAAUGCUUAGUGCAAACUUUUAAAACUCAACUAAAUAAAGACUACCAGACAUUUUAUGACAAAGAACAAUUUGUUAAGUGUCUCAUGAUAUAUACUAGAUUGAUGUCAACUGAUGUUUUCGAACAGUUUACGGAACAUCUAAAACUUUGUACGGUAGAAUUUCGUAAAGCAGAGAAAAGAGAAGAACGACGGGAAUUAUUGAAAAGUUGCUUCCGUACGUGUGAUUUAGACCAGUUGGAUGAAUUAUCUCGUGCACAAGUUUUUCAACGGUGUGAAGAUUACUUUGAUACAUGUCAACAAAUUAUCAAAGACAAGAUCCAUGAUCCAAGAGAUUGGUCUACAAAAGAAUAUUAUUUGAAGUUAUCUGUAACAGAACCUGUUACAACUAUGGACACAAAUGAACGUCCAUCUUCAUCUAGAGUUGAUGAUGAUAACAACAUAAAGGACAAACAACAUUCUCUACUAAUCUACAAUGAAAAUAACUCAGACAAUGACAUCCAACAUGAUGAUAGUAGCUCAUUACAACUAGGUACUCGGCAGCUGGACGAAAUUACUAUCAUUCCCACUCAGUCUAAUAUUAAAGGUAAUUAGAGUAUCUUUGUAGUCUACUUUAAGUACACAGAAGUGUUCAAAUGGCUUUGCAUGAACUCAGAAAAGCUGAGAUAUAUUUCUAUUUCUGUUUUAAGUUUAUCGUUGUACAUACAGUCUUGCCUAGCUUCUUAACGUUUAUGACAUACUCAUUUAAUACUUUAAAACAAAACUAAUCUAGAAGAUAAUGUUUACAUUAUCUAUCUAAUGUUGAAGUAAUAGAGUUUAUUUCAAAACUAUACUGUUCCAUUCCUCGUAACAUCAUUCCUUUAAAUUAGUUAAAAUCCUCAAACUUAGUGCAAUAUAACUUGUGAGAACAAUUGUAUGUAUAUUCAUUUUUCCGUAACUUAGUCACAUUCUCAUUUGGAUUAAGAUUUUAUGAUUUUACAUGUCACUAAUGCUUUCUGCUUAAAUUAUAUAUCACGAACUAGACUUGAUUUUCUUCACUUUCUCAUUCUCUCCUCGUGUCUUAGUUUUAAAGUAUUACACUAUCAGUGGAAAAUAUAUAAUCUGUUUAUUCUUAAAUUAAGAUAUAAUUAGGCAAUUCUUUUCAUAACUUGUGAUGAGGUUAAAUGGCUGAAAGUGAUCAACAGGAAGCCAAGGCUUUAGGCUUUGUAUUCGUUAAUUUAUGUGAAAUGACAAUCUAAUGCAUAAUUUCUAAUGGUUUAAAUAACUAGAAAUUCAAGAGUGUUCUGUGAAUUAGCACCAAUUAUAUAUUUUGUGUCUAUUAGUUACUGAGUUAUCUAACCGGAUUCAGAAAAUUAUUAUACAAAAGGUGAAAAGCUGGUUUUAUGUCAGCUUCUGGCGGUGAAAGCACUACUGAAUAACUGCUUAUACAUCAGAACUACAGUUUCCUUUUAUGCUAUAGUUAGUAUCACUCGCUCUAUUUGUAAGUAAUAUUUUCUUAGAGUAGAAGCCAUGGUUUUCUAAAAGUGGUAGAAGGUGAAGGAAUGAGGAAGGAGAAUGAAGUUAUUAAAUAAUAAAAUGGAUGGAGUGAGAUGGGAAUUUCAUACAGUUUUAGAGCUCGGUUGUAGUUGCAGUGACAUAUUCUAUUGUAGGCUCUUUAUGAGACUACCCAGAAAUAAUGUAAUACCAAGUUUUAUAGUUUAGAUUCUCCCGUUUUCUCUCCAGAAUUCUUGUCUUAACUUGAUAACCACAUCGUCUUCAUUGAGCCUUGCUCCCACUCCAUUGGUUACUUUGUCUUAGAACCUAUGUUAUCCGUUGUUCGUGGUCGUUUGUUAACUAAAUCUCAAGACUUAUUGUAUAAUAACAUGAUACUGAUAAUACUGUCUUUCUGGUUAAAGAAGCAUUUUUUCUUAGUGAACUAUGUUUUAAAACGGUAGAAUUGCUAUGACCUUGCCUCUAAUAAUGUCCUUAUUGUAUUGUUUAAGCAAGCGUUUAUCUCCUUACUAACAAAUGUAAAUAUCAAUAAUCCUUGAAGUGAGUUUAAUCGAAAAACUUUAAGCUUCUUUAAUAAAAAAUUUCCAAUUUCAUUAUGAAGUUAUUAGUUCUUUAGAAAUCCUGGAGUUUAUUUCGGCGAGUUGUUGAAUAUAAUUAUGCUGGAUAGUAUUAUAUUUAUUGAGUUUCACACCACUGUAAUUUAUUUCGCUAAAUUUUUUCGAACAUAUUUACGCAUUUAACUGCUUCUUUCCUAGUCUGGUUGUUAUAGCUCAGCGUCAUUUCACCAGUAUUUCAGACUGUUUACAGUAUGGAUAUCUCAAAUUUCCAUGAUAUGUUGUUACGGGACCAAGACACGAGGGUUAAAGAUGAGUUGUUUUAAAGUUCAUAGGUUUAAUCACCUGAUAAACAGAAAUUUUGUGAAUAUUUUCAUAAUUUGAGAAGUUUAUGCAUAAAUAAUGUACAAUAACUUACCUUAAUCGUUUCAUACCUAAGUGACAGAGAUAUAGUGCUGAAGUGUAUGUUAAUGUCUUAUGUUAUCUGGGCAAGGUCACAUGAUUAACUAGUUUCUAAUGUCUUACUAAAUCAUUUGAUAUCAGUUUUCACUGAUAACUGAUUGCAAUAUUUUUAACUAAGAUUAUGUCAGAUCUAAUCUCUAGUCUUCCAACACAUUUUCACAAAUGUAUCCUGAUUAGAUUACAAUCCAAACCAAUAACCUCAGUUUCUAAGUAAGUUAAAUAAUUUCGUUACUUCGCCUUAUCACUAGAUCAAACGGAAUAAGAUGUUCCUUUAUCUUGGCUUAGCUAAAUACUGUUUGACUUUUAAGAGUCAUGAUGCACUAUUGUUUAUUGAAAUCCUUAAAGGCUAAAAGGCUAGCAACUUCAUUUGAAAGAAAGUGAUAAUCUCAGAUAGAUAUAAUUUUAAGAUAACUAUACAAAACCUUGUAAUGUGGAACAAAGUGACCACAAACAUUGACAUAGACUCCUCUUGUCAGCAUGUUAUAAGUAGUAUCCGAAGUCAAUAGAUGUUUAAAAUAUUUAAGAUGGUGAUAACAAAUAAAGAACGUGCUCUUUUAUAUAUUUAACAAGUUUAAAUUAAGAUAAAUCAAUUAGCAAUGAUUAGUCAUUGCAUCUUAUUUAAUAUUUACAUAGGGCUUUAUAGUGUGAUAGUUCACUAGAAAAAUCAUUUACUUUUCUAGUUGUCAUGUUUCGUUAUUGCUUGAAUGCUAUUACUGAUGCGUCUUACUCGAACGAACGAAGGAUCAAUGAUUCAGCGACUCGAUAGCUGUUCUGGUUCGUUGUCCCCAACUCUGCUAACUUGAUCAAGAAGUCUGGGCAAGGUGUAGAAAGUGUAUUCUACAGACAAACAGCAGAUAACAAGUCCAGUCAAGCACACAAUCAAGCGUAUUUAUACAAAUAUUUACGAUCGAUAUUGUCAUGGAAAAUUUUUAAACAUUAAUCAAUGAGUUCAUUAAUUGACCGCUAUUUAACAUUUAAUCGAUAGUUCAUCAAUUGACCUAUUUGCACAUCUAAUCGAUAGGUUCAUCAACUGACUGCCAUUCAAACAUUUAAUCGAUAAGUUGAUCGAUAAGAUAAAAUUUAAAAAUAUGAGUUUGGGGAUCUAUCAUCCCCAACACUAGUAUUGUUUCACUAUGAUACUUGAUCAAAUUACAUAAUUUAAAACGAUAUCUAGAUUAAUUUUCUUACAUAAUGCUUAUUAGAUCAAUUGAUAAAGACUUGUCAACUGGCCGAUACAUCUGGCAUAACACAAAAUCAGUUUAUCAGUGUUAUGGAGUUCAUAAUACCAGAAACUGCUCCUUUGAAAAUUUUUAAUAAUUUUUUAACAUAUUUGAAAAGAUAUGAAGCUUCAGCUGAAGAACGUGAGGAAAGAAAACUUCAGCAUUUCCAGAAGACUUUAAUAAUGAAAAAACAUCAACUACUGAACAAAAUAUUCCACACAUUAGAUCAAGAAUGUUCUGGAAUGUUAAACCUUAAGAAAAUUGAAUAUUUUAUAUUAAAUUAUGAAGAUGGAUUUUAUAAGGCUCAUUUGAAACAAGGUAAUUAAGAUAGCUUGUCAAAAAAUUUGUUUUAGUGCUGUCAUAUUAUUUAUGAGUUAUUUGUAAUUGCUAAGCUCAUUUUAUAGCUGUAUCUAAAUUACGAUCCAUUCUCAGCAGUUAUAAAUAAUAUAAUUAUUAUUUAUUCACGUUGGAAAUCUUCAACAUUUUUGAAAAAAUGGUUGCUGAAAUUUGUACUGAGACUUGUGAUUCAGUCGAAAGUUAACUGGUCAUAUUAACCUUCUUAUGAAAGGAACUUAGGAAUAUUACAAAAAAAAGAUUUUGUAAAGUUUCUGUCUACACCCACAUUAAGGUUGUUUUUUUUUAUUUUUUUGCACCCUUAAUAAAGCGAAAUAAAAAACAGAUUAUCGAAAAACUGUAUCCUAUUUUUCCUAUUAGUGUUUCCUUUCUGCCUUGUUUUAGUAUUUCAAUAAUAUAUUCAGAAUUCCAAAGUUUGAUUCAAGCUGUACUGAUAAAUUUAUCUUGAUAAAGACUUUUGCUACAAUAUCACUGUAAAUGCGAUACUAAGCAUAACAAUUAAAAAGAAUGCAUAUAAGUGUAGUUGUAAAAAUCAAGCUUGCAAACAUAAAUUACAUGAACUUAAAAUACAGUUUAAAUACAAUGUAUUCAUGAGUCACCCAUACAUUUUCAAGGAAAGGAGAACAAGAAAACAAAAAUUAACAACAGUCCAACAAGAACACAGAAAGUUAAUGCUCAAGCUGAAUACACUGAAGCAAAAAAGCAAGUAAAGAAUAGCAUUAGAGAUGAUAAGUAUAAAUAAGUGGAGGAACUAGCAACGACAGUGGAAAAAGCUGCAAGAGAAGGAAAUAUGAGACAACUGUAUGACACGACGAAGGGACUGGAAGGGAAAUAUAGUAAACCAGAGCGACCACUGAUAUUCAAGAACAGAGGAACAGGUAGGUAGGACACUUUGAAGAACUCUUGAAUAGAUCAGCUCCACUGAACCCACCGGACAUCGAAGUAACGCACACAGACAUCCCUACAAACUUUACUCUAAGAACGAACAAAGAUAUAAACAUGGCCACCAGACAGAUCGAGAGUGGGAAAGCAGCACGACCUAACAAUAAACCAGCUGAAGCACUGAAGUUAGAUAUAUCGGUAAUUGCAAAAACAUGCUCCACGUUCUAUUCCGUAACAUUUGGGGGGAAGAACAAGUGCCACCGACAUACUAGAAAAAUGGACAUCUCAUCGAGAUACCAAACAAAGAAGAUGUGAGCAAGUGUGAGAAUUACCGAUGCAUCACACUAUUAUCGGUAGCAGGAAACGUUUUCAACAGAGUGUGGCUGAAUCGGAUGAAAGAUUCAAUGGACCUCCAGGUUCGAGAUCAAGAGACUGGAUUCCGUAAGGAUCGGUCAUGCACAGACAUCAUCGUGGAACAGUCACUUGAGUGGAUCUCGUCGCCAUACAACAACUUCCUUGGCCAUGAGAAAGCACUUGACAGAGUGUAUAAGAGGACCUUAUGAAGCCUUCUCCGACACUAUGGUGUACUUGAGGAGUUCGUCUACAUCAUCCGGAAUUCAUACGACGAACUACAGUGCAAAGUCGUGUAUAGAGGACAGCCGACAGGUGUAUUUGCAAUACACCUGGCAAAUGAGGACUUGUGUUAGAUAAGGCUACUUACUCUCUGCCUUUCUCUUUCCUUUGGCAGUUGACUGGAUUAUGAAGACCCCCAUAUCUCAGGGGAUGCACGGAAUAAAAUGGACAGGUUAGAUGCAAUUAGACGAGUUGGACUCUGCAUAUGACCUUGCUCUUCUCUCCCAUACACACCAACAAAUACAGGUUUAGACAACCAAUGGGGCAGAAGCCUCUGCAUCGGUAGGCCUCAGCAUACACAAGGAGAAAAGAAAGAUUCUCAAAUACAACACCGAGAACACCAACCCAAUCAUACUUGAUGGAGAAACUCUGAAAGUUAUAGAAUAUUACAAGUAGCUGGGAGGCAUCAUCGAUGAACAAGGAAGAUCUGAUGCAGACACAAAUGCGAGGAUUCACAAGCGAAGGCAGUAUUCCUACAAUUGGAGAACAUAUGGAACUCAAAACUACUGUCUGUCAACUAAUAUCAAAGUUAGAAUCUUCAAUACGAACGUCAAGACCAUCCUGCUGUGCGGAGCUGAAACGUGAAGAACUACUACAACCGUCAUCAAAUUGUACAAGUAUUUAUCAACAAUUGUGUACACAUGGUACUGAAUGUCUGUUGGCCGGUGAUAUGAUGGAAAGAAAAGUCAAUUUUCGGUUGAUUUACUCAUUAUGAGUUUUGUUCAAGAUUACUUCCGUUUUGAUUCAAUGUAAUCAUUACUCAAUGUAGUAUUUGUUUUAUUGUCUUGUAUGAUAUUUUAUUCUGUAUAAUAUGCGAUAUUCUUGUAUUCCAUUGACAUGAACUAUGUUUAGUAUGUGAUUUGUUAUUACGCUAAGUAUUUUUCAUAUAUGUGAUUUCAUCCUAAUUAUUAAUCAAAAUGGAUGUACAAUCAAUAUAUAAAUGAGUGUAUUUUCUACUAGAUUCGUCGUCGUCAUGUUUUAGGGUUAAUAAAUCAUCACUUAUACCAGUCUUGUGUUCUUACUUUCGUGUCAUGAGAAUUGCAGAGGUCCCUGGUUCCGAUUACAAGUGAUAAGCGUUUCCAACAUAACAAUCGGCGACAACCAGAUGCAAAAAGUAUUAUUAAAAGAGCCAAGACAAUACGCAUUCAAACGACAAGUUAUAACAGCCGGAUACCAUGAGUAACAGCCUACUGUGGGAGAGAACAAACCAGCUUCCAGAUAAGGAGGAAUUUAGAUAAAGAUGCUAGAACUUGAUGGAGCAUACAUUGAGGAAAUCAUCAAACCGCAUCACGAAGCUUCGCUGUUAGGGUUGAAGCUGUCACAAGUUCACUUAAUCUGCGAACGAGAAACAAGAAUCGGUGACCAAAGACCAGUAAGCUAGCUAUUGAUGCGUCCCAACCCGGCUAACUAGAAGGAGAAGUCCAAGCUUGGAAUGGGGAAGUAUAUUCUGCAAACAACCAGAAACGAACGAUAACAACAAACUGUUAUGACUUUAUGUCCGGCUUUUACCACGUGACUUAUCCACCAAUCAAAAUACGACUUAUACAAUCUUCGCACUGUGCCAAACCAAUGACGUUCGACCAGUACGAGCAGCCUAGCGUCCUUAUUGUUCCUGUGUCCGCCUAGCCCGUCCACUUGAGUCCAGAACACCAAUACCAGCUUCCAAUAUGCGAAUCGAAUCAUUUAUUUCAGACACACUUGCUUUAUAUAUCAAUCAAACAGACUGCAACGCACCAUAAAAUAGGAAAUAACAUUUAUACACAACAAAGCCAAAAAGUGGCUGUGAACGUGGGAAGCAGUAGUCAAUUAACUGAACAUAACUUAAGAACAGUAAAUCGUACAAUAAUAAAUUAUAGGUCAACAUAAAGCUUAUAAUAAGAGGAAUAUAAAUAUACAUAAUCUAAUUAUUGAGUACUUAUACCAUAAGAAUGUAUAGAAAACAUUAGUCAAAUAAUAUGUUUCAGAAGUUACUCGUGAUUUAAUCUUCGCUCGGAUAUAACACAAACACAAUUUAAAACGUAUAUAUACAGUACAAAACCGUCCUUGGGGAGAGUUACCAAAUAGCAUACUAAAAGACUCAACGGACGAAUAGCAUUUAAGAUAUUUCCCAGUGGGAAAUACGACAUGAAGGUGAUAAGAGCGCCUUUAGCGAAAAUAAAGAGAUUCAAAUUUUCUAAAUAAAAUUAUAAAAUUAGGUCCUUUCCCAAGUGAGUUCUGGGGAUCUAACGUCCCCAGCAUUCUCUAACUUAGAAUCCUGAAGGGAAAGAGUAAGACCAAAGAAUAAACUGCUCCGAGAAUCUGAAGCAGAUAUUAAAAGGAUGAAUAGCAACUGGAAAAAAAUGUAGAAGAUUACCCAUGACAGAGUUGGGUGAGAAGUGCUAGUGGGCGGCCUAUGCUCCUCCACGAGUGGUAGCAGUCAUAAUUAAGUAAAUACAGUUAGAUAGCUCCAGUUUGCUGACUGUCACAUUCAUUUUAUUCUAGACGUUCCUCAUGUUCAGGAACUAGUGUAAUUGUACGGUACACUCUAACUUAGUUCUGAGUAUUAAAAAAGGACUCACUACGUGUCAGAGUAGCUUUGAAUAAUGUAAAUUAUUUUCAAAUGCUGCUUAUGUUAACAAUAAAGCAGAGGAAAGAUGGAAUUUCAAGAUUGAAUAAUGUUUAAUUUAGCGUUUUAUUUGGUCAAACUCAAAUUAUAUUAUUCCCUACCAUUAUUGAUGUGUUUUUAGCUAAGUCAGAUUUAGCUUCUAACAUUCAAUCGACUGCAAGGUCUUGUUCAAUGUCUAAUGAUCAGGUAACUUCAAGUUCUACAUUUACCAGCAGUUUAAUAUCAUCAUCCGAGACUUUUAGUGGUCCAUCAUAUAUUCAAAGCACAGUUAAUCAAUUACAAAAUCUACAUUAUUACCAUUAUCCAGAAAAGUCAGUUGAAAUAAAUAUCACUGACUUCAAAAUUCUAUUAGAUCACAUAUUUUGGCCUAAAAAUAAUCAAUAUCUGAUUGGUCAUGAUGAGUUUGACUUCAGUUGUUUGGAAAAGUUUCUUAAUUACUUAAAAGAAAAAUUAAUACAAACUAUAUCUGAGAAAAUAAGAACACGAAUUCGACGGGAAUGGAUAGAGAAAAUUUUAUCAGUUUCACUGAAUACCUUUGAUAAUUCAAUGGAAUUAGUUUAUAAAACCGUUUUCCAGACACUCAUAAAAGAUACAAUAAAACAUGGUGCACAAAAGCAGACCAGUGUUAACAUUGCAUUACUUUAUCCAACAGAAACAACAAAUGAUGCAUUGCCUUUCGAUACAAAUAUACAAUCCCGUAUACAAUAUGUAGCAGCCAUACCAGAAUCGGAAGCUGAAAUUCUGCUUGAUCAGUGUCCACAGGGAGAUGAAUCCGAUUUAUUGUUCAAGUGUUUAAGAACUGGUUUAACAUUGGUUCAUUCUGAAAUGUCAAGAUUGAAAAGAUUUUCACUUACCGAAAAUAAGUCACAUAACAUGUCAGUAUGUACUGAAACGAACACGGAACAAAGUUAUCAGUCACCUUCAUUCGCUCUUGCCAUACCAAUACCCUCUGCUAAGAAAUACUUUAUCGGAGUAAUGAAAGUAAACAAAUUGAAAAAUAACGACCAGCUACCAAAGUUUGAAGAACAUGAAAUUCAGUUUUAUCGCGGUGUAGCUUAUCAUCUGGGCUUUGCUUUCUCGCUUGUAAAUAGUCGAUACUUACUCAGUUCCAUGAUACAUGAUGCAUUCGACUGGAUUUAUAAACGGCUAGGCAAUAUUGAUGAAAUUGCAUUUUACCACCGAUGUAAUGAUGAUGAUGGUGAUGUAAACCAUUCGACGACAAUAGAUUCGACAGAGAAGAAAACAUAUCCACCUAGCAAAGAGGUUAAUUAUAAAUUACGCAAACUUGUAUCAAAACAUGGUAUUCACCAAACAACAGUUCAUACUGACCUAUAUGUUAUCGAUAAAAAGAAAAACCACCUAUACUACUACCUGUUCGACGUACUAGAAUCUGGAUAUUCAUUAGUUAAUUGCGUACUUGGUCGAAAACAUUAUACAUUUCCAUUUACUGAUUGCAAUAAUAAAGUGAUCGGUGUUAUUGAUGUGUGUUGUUUAAACUUCCUUAAUAAACAUGAAUUAGAUUAUUUACAUAAAAGUUUAAUACAUUUUCAAGAAGGUUAUGAACAGUUAGUGAACUAUACAGGAGUAGAUACAUAUGGUCAGUAUAAUAAUGCAGACGAAUACAAUACUAUAUCAAAAAACCAAGAAGAAACUGAAAUUAAUUCACAAAUUGAAGAAGUUAAAUCUGACUGGAUAGAUGAAAAUAACAAAUUUAUACCUAAAAUUAUUGUGAAAAAAUUAGCAAAAAUGGAACUGAGUCUUCUAAGUUUAAAGAUUGAUAAAGAUCUCUUCAGAAAUAUAAAAAGAUAUGAAAUACAACUUUGUAAUUCUGAAAUUUAUCUGCUCUGGACCGUCAUCUUGUUAUUGAAUCGUUCUCAAGGAGAUGAAUCCUUGAAUCAGGAAAAUAUUUUCAAACUUUCAGAUUCAAUGAUGGCUGGUAUUCAUGAAUCGAUUGUAGAUUAUGAUCCAUUCGUUGGUGAACAACAGCUAAUUACUUCACAAAAAUCGCGGUUAAAUGAAAUCUAUGAAAAAAUUUCAAGUGAACAAUUAAAACAGUACUCAUGUAAAUCAAUGAUCAAUUUGUACGAAUGGCUGACAUUGUGCAUGAUUGUCUGGGAAGAAAAUCUUCCUAUGCAUUACGGAUAGAAAGGUCUUGGGACUGAAGUGACAACAAUGAAAAUAAAUCGUUCAAAAAGAAAAAAAUAAAGAUCUAACAAUCAAUCAGUAAUUAACAAUAAAAUGAGUUACCAGUUCAGAUGUAA